UGACGCUCCAAUUAUUUUCAUCGAGAUUAUUCCGCUACUUCGAUUGAUCUUUGCUGAUGAUGGACCCGAAAUUCGCCGGGAAAUUGAAUCCGGCCCCAUACCUAUUGGGCCGAGCAGACCUCGACCAGAUGCCCGACACACCCACCCGUGGGUCCCGCCAUCGCCGGACCCAGUCCGAAACCUUCUUCCGCUUCCCGGAGCUGGACGACGAUAUCCUCCUCGACGACGUCGUUGCAGACUUCAGCCAUGAAUCCCUCGCCGCCUGCUCUCUGUCCCCUCCCAUGCAGCAGCCGGCCAACUCUGCCGACUCCUCCUCCGCCGCCAUGCCGGCGCGAUCUCCGGAGCUUGCCUUCGACUAUACGCCGGCGACCCAUUUCCGGAGCCUUUCUGUUGAUUCCGACUUCUUCGACGGUCUGGAAUUUGGGGGUUCGUCCUCCGUCGUCAGUGGAGCGGCGACGGCACUCUCAUCGGAGAGGAAGCUUAUGAGUCCGGGCCCACGCCAUAGGCACAGUAACUCCAUGGACGGGUCUUUCGGUACUACGUCGUUUGAGGUCGGUUUUAUCUCGGAGAAGAAAGGCACGGAAGCUGAUAGACUUGCGGAGCUGGCUUUGAUGGACCCCAAGAGAGCUAAAAGGAUCCUGGCAAACCGGCAAUCUGCAGCGCGUUCGAAGGAGAGGAAGAUACGUUACACAAAUGAGUUGGAAAGGAAAGUGCAGACCCUUCAGACUGAAGCCACCACUCUUUCUGCACAGAUUACUCUGCUCCAGAGAGAUACUUGUGGGCUGACUGCUGAGAAUAAAGAACUCAAAUUGCGGCUGCAGGCUUUCGAACAAGAAGCCCAUCUUAGAGAUGCUUUAAAUGAGAGGCUGAGGGAAGAAUUGCAACGGCUUAAGAUAGAAGCAGGUGAGACUCCUCAACCUGCUCACAACGGGAACAACAGCGCGAGUAGAGGAGGGUCGGGCCUUCAAAGCUUUACACACUUUGCCAACUUUGAGGGAGUCCAACAACAGCUUCACACCCGUGGGCACGGCAGGCCCGGAUUCCUUAAUUUUAACCGGAUGGCUUGAUUGAUUACAAUAUGAAAGAUAUCAGUGGUUCUUAACCUGUCCUUAUGUCUGUGUAUAGUUGACGUGUUGCAUAAAAUGUCUCUAAUAACUUCAGUUUCCCGUUUGGUGUACCUAUAUAUGGAGCAUAGACGUUCUUGUUAAAGUUCAAUCACAUUAUUUAGCCAUGUUCACAUUCUCUUUGUAUCCUCUUUUAUUUAUUCGAUCAAUAAAAGCUCUUUUUUCUUAAAAAAA